AUGUUUAUGCUCCGUAAUGUGAGCAAAUUCCUGUUUGGGGACACCUCCAAGGAAUCGAUCAUCGAAAUCCCCCAAGGCCAGCUCUAUUUAGUCCGCCCCAUCUCCCCCAAGGGUUAUUCGGAACUCAUAUUCAAAGACGCCGCUGCUACAAUCAGACGAACAGGCCAAGAAUUUCAAUACCAGCUAGUCAUCCAGAGAGCCUACGAGGAAGGCGAGGAAGAACUUGCCGCUGAGGAGGACGAAGAAGGUGUCAACGACGGGUUGAGUGAUAAGGACGAGAAGGUCUUUCUGCUUGAUCAAAGUCUUCACUUCCGUUGCCAGGUUCGAGAAGGAGGUGACAAGGUUCUGGCCUGGAAGGAUUUGAGUGGUGAUCCUGGUGACCUCUUCGAAUUUGUCUGCGACCCAUCGGUGCCGUCGGACAAGGUCUCCACCUUUGCACUCGCAGUUGCUCAGUGCCAGUACGAACGGAAACACAGACGAAGUGUGCAGAAGGCAUCCGACAAGGACCUCGACGAAUUCUCAUUCCAGGAGGAAGAACCCAUUCCUUCUGCCAGUCCCAUUUCAUCGCCGAUAAUAAAAUCCCGAAGCCACUCCCUAGUGUCUGCAGAAUCAACUUCCAUCAUGGCCCGAGACGUUGAGUAUGCUCGUUCCAAGGGUCAGUUCAAACCCGUUGACUCCGGAGAGGAUCGUACCACCGCUCCCGCCCCUGCUUCGCAACCUGAGGCAAAGGAAAUACUUGCAAAGGAAACGGCGGAGUUGCAUCUGUUCGACUCCCCAAGCGGGACUUUUAUGCAACAGGAUCCCGAGGUAACUGCUACUGUAUCCGAAAUUGGGCAGUGGCAGUACUGGCUCCAGAUCAGUGGCAAGGAUAAGGAGUGGCUGGGGCAGUCUGUUGUGGGAGAAAUCAACCCCGUUUUCAACUUUGAAUACCUGUCCUUCAUCUUUAACCACUAUACCGAAGAUGGCACAGCUUAUUCUUGGCUUCUGCGAUUCAAGGAUCAGGAAUCGGAGGAGAGGUUCCAGGAAGGUCUGAUGCAGGCGCUCUGGGAACAGUUGAACGAGAUGAAAUGGGUCAAAAUAAACGAUAAAGACAAGGAAUACGUGUUGGAUGCAUUCCAGGACCUUACAAUGGAAGAUCCGGAGACCGAAGAACAGGAAGAGGCUGAGGCCGAAGCUGAAGAGGAAGAGGACGAAGAGGCCAUAGACGACGCUCAGCGCAGCGAGCAUUACGAUUCCGACGAAGAGCAGGAGGAUGUCGAGACACAUGAAGACGACGGAAAUGUCAACUCUCAGUUGGCUGUUGGUUAUAAGCAUGAUCGCUCCUUUGUCGUUCGUGGCUCUCAAAUCGGUGUCUUCAAACAUACCCCGAACAACAAUCUCGAAUUCUCAACGAACAUCUCCAAAGUCGAAACUCCCAAGGGCAAGCUCUUCAGCCCCAAAAAGGUCAUGCUGCACGCCGAGGAUUCAAAUAUGAUUCUUCAAAACCCGGAUGACCCUAAUUCGUUGUACCGAAUGGACCUGGAAUAUGGCAAGGUUGUCGACGAGUGGAAGGUUCAUGAUGAUGUCGGUGUGACUAGUUUCGCACCAGAGACUAAAUUCUCUCAAAUGACCUCGGCACAGCCUUUCGUUGGAAUCUCCAACAACGCUCUCUACCGAAUUGAUCCCCGUCUGGCUGGCAACAAGUUGGUGGAUGGGGACCUGAAGCAAUACGUUAGCAAGAACGACUUCUCUGCGCUAGCCACUACGGAGAAGGGUUAUCUUGCCGUUGCCUCAAAUAAGGGUGAUAUCCGCAUGUUCGACCGCCUGGGUAUUAACGCCAAGACUCAUAUUCCUGCGUUGGGUGAACCGAUCAUCGGCCUGGAUGUCUCUGCUGAUGGCAGAUGGGUACUGGCUACCUGCCGGACUUACCUCCUUCUCAUCGACUCGCUGCAGAAAGAAGGUAGGAACGAAGGCAAGCUUGGUUUUGAGCGUUCGUUCGCCAAAGAUUCGAAGCCGCAGCCUAGACGCCUCGGCCUUCAGCCGGCCCAUGUCGCACAAUUCCAGCACGAAACGAAGCAGCCUUUGGCGUUCACCCCAGCUCGUUUCAAUACUGGAGUUGAAUCCACGGAGACGUCGAUUAUCACGGCGACUGGUCCUUUCAUUGUGACAUGGAGUCUGAAGAAGGUUCUCGCUGGACGAAAGGAUCCCUACACCAUCAAGCGAUACGCGGAGAAUGUCAUGGCAGACAACUUCCGAUUCGGCUCUGACAAGAACGUUAUCGUUGCCCUGCCGAACGAGGUCAACAUGGUUGCAAAGCGGAGCUUCCAGAAGCCGACUCGUGAGAGUAUUGCAGGCCCAAUCACUCCCAUUCGCCGUGGCGGCCGGUUUAGCAAUCGUCUGGGACGGAAUGACAUUGUCAAUUCUCCUUUCUAG